AUGUGUCUCCUUCGUCAUUUCCUUUUUUCACUUCCCAUUUGGGUUCUUUGUCUCUCCUUCUUCUCCGUUGCUUCUGUGAUUAAAUCCGAAGAAUCUUCCAUCGUCUUCGCUUCUGGUAGUUCCCAAGAAAUCCCUCUUUCUCAGGCUUCUCCGCAAAUGGGAGCUCAAUCCCCAGGACCUCCAAUUGUUAAAGUGGUGUUUCGGGAGGACUUGAACAAGAAGAUUCUGAUUGCUCUGAUAGUCUCAUCAACUCUCCUCUGUGUCACAGUUCUGUUACUUCUGUACCUCUUGCUAUGGAGGUACAGAAAUCUGAAGAACAGCUUCUCUGGGAUCCAGCAAAAACCUGAUUCUGUGAAGAGUGUAGCUACGAAGCCUAUUGUACACAAGAUUGAUUCUGUGAGGAAAGGAACGAUCCCUGUGUAUGAUUACCAACUGCUGGAAUCUGCAACGAACAAGUUUAGCGAUAGUAAUGUGUUGAGCCGAGGUGGUCGUGGAUGUCUUUACAGAGCUUGUCUUGAUGAAAAGUCUUCUGUCACUGUGAAGAAACUUGAUGGUUGUGGGGAGACAGACAUUGAUAAACAGUUUGAGAAUGAGGUAGAUUGGUUGGCUAAGAUCAGACACCAGAACAUAAUUUCCCUAUUGGGGUUUUGUGUAUAUCGCCAAACCAGUUGUAUUGUGUAUGAGAUGAUGCAAAAUGGAUCUUUAGAGAGUCAGUUGCAUGGACCUAGUCAAGGUGCAGGAUUAACAUGGCAGCUUAGGAUGAAAAUCGCGGUUGAUAUAGCACGAGGAUUAGAGUAUCUUCAUGAGCAUUGCCAUCCUCCGGUAGUCCACAGAGAUUUGAAAUCGUCUAACAUCCUUCUUGACUCCGAUUUCAACGCAAAGAUAUCAGAUUUUGGGUUUGCAACAGUUUUGAUGACUCAGAACAAAAACCUGAAGAUUCCUGACAGAGCUUCCGAGUUUAUUCUUGAUGGGAAAGUUACAGACAAGAAUGAUGUCUACUCUUUUGGGGUGAUUCUUCUCGAACUUCUCCUCGGGAAGAAAUCAGUUGAGAAACCAUCGUCUGAGCCAGAAUCAGUCGUCACUUGGGCUGUACCUAAGCUCAGUGACAGAGCAAAUCUCCCCAACAUUUUGGAUCCUGCAAUCAAAGGAACCAUGGAUUUGAAGCAUCUCUAUCAGGUUGCGGCGGUUGCAGUGUUGUGUGUGCAGCCAGAGCCAAGUUACAGACCACUUAUAACCGAUGUCUUGCACUCACUCAUCCCUCUUUUACCGGUUGAUCUCGGCGGUUCAUUGCGAAUUCUAUAA